CCAUACACUGUUACCCCAACACUCCCCUCCCAGCAACCCUCUCUGCUCGGCCCAAUGGCAACUAAAGGAGUCCCCAUGCCGGGGUCGCUGGGUCCGGCCAAACCGGCCACCGCCGAUGUACAGAAACUGUGCGAUCAGGUAAAGGGAGAGGUGUUUAAGAAAGACGGACGUAACCUGCACAAAUUCCACGCCGUUUCCUUCGCUACUCAGACAGUCGCCGGCACAAAUUAUAUUAUCUUGGUGGAGUCGGACUGUCAGGAAUAUUUCCUUGUCAAAAUCUAUGUGGAUCUGCACAGCAAAGUGGAGCUGAAGGGCUUUCAGAAGGGCAAGAACAAGGAUACCCCGCUGGCGCUGUUCUAAGGGAGGGGCACAAAGCCCCACGGUGGGGCACGAAGAGGGUCUCCCUAUUGGCUGUCGGCAGACAUUGAAUCUCUCAGCUCUCUCAGCUCCACCUUUCAUCCAAUUAAACUCAUCAUUAUACCCUU